CGUUCUGCUCUUGUCGAGGUGAUAGUACGACUCUUGUAAGCGUAUUACGAUGACUGGUCGCGGUAAGGGAGGUAAGGGAUUGGGAAAAGGAGGAGCGAAGAGACAUCGUAAGGUACUUCGCGACAACAUUCAAGGCAUCACUAAGCCAGCUAUUCGUCGUCUUGCACGUCGUGGUGGUGUCAAGCGUAUAUCUGGAUUGAUCUACGAAGAGACGCGUGGCGUACUGAAAGUAUUCCUCGAGAACGUGAUUCGUGACGCGGUUACUUAUACCGAGCAUGCAAAAAGGAAGACUGUCACUGCUAUGGACGUCGUCUACGCCCUAAAGCGUCAAGGAAGAACUCUGUACGGCUUCGGCGGUUAAACAUAGACAAUUGUUCUUACAAUACAAACGGCCCUUUUCAGG